AUGGUGUCAGGAACUUCACAUGUGGUUGCUUGUGAGUUUGUUGCGGAGGAUCAUACAGCUCAAUUAUGCCUUCGGAUAGUCCAGUGGUUAGAAGGUUUAGCUUCCAAAGCACUUGACUUGGAAGCGAAGGUGCGUGGAUCUCAUGUGGGUAGUUAUCUCCCCAGCUGUGGAGUAUGGCAUCAUACUCAGCGUUACUUGAAGAAAGGAACUCUUGACAUGAAUGUUGUUCAUCACUUGGACUUUGAUGCUCCAACUCGUGAAAAUGCUAAUCUUUUGCCUGAUGACAAGAAACAAGACGAAUCUCUUCUAGAAGAUGUGUGGACUUUAUUAAGGGCUGGAAGACUAGAAGAGGCUUGCGGACUUUGCCGGACUGCUGGACAGCCAUGGAGAGCUUCUUCUCUUAACCCAUUUGGUGGCAUGAACCAGUUUCCUUCUGUUGAAGCUUUGGUCAAGAAUGGUAAAAAUAGAACUUUGCAAGCUGUUGAAUUUGAAAGUGGCAUUGGUCAUCAGUGGCAUCUUUGGAAAUGGGCUUCAUAUUGUGCAUCAGAGAAAAUAGCAGAGCAAGGUGGGAAAUGUGAAGCAGCUGUAUAUGCGGCCCAGUGUAGCAACCUAAAACGGAUGCUUCCACUCUGCAAUGACUGGGAGGUAUACUGGCCACGCAAGGCUCCUUCCCUGUCAGCAUGCUGGGCAAUGGCAAAGUCUUGGCUAGAUGUGCAGGUGGACUUGGAAAUCACUCACUCACUGCCAGGGGGAGUUGAUCAACUUAGAACCUUUGGAGAUGUAAUUGAUGGAAGCCCUGGACAUGCUGAUGGUUCCCUUGAGCCUUCUAAUGGACCUGAGAAUUGGCCAAUUCAAGUUUUGAAUCAGCAGCCUCGACAGCUCUCUUCUCUUCUACAAAAACUUCAUUCAGGGGAAAUGAUCCAUGAAGCAGUUACUCGACAAUGCAAGGAGCAACAACGACAAAUUCAGGUGUAUAUGAUCUCACAGAUGACUUUGAUGCUAGGGGACAUACCACGUGUACUAGACCUUAUAUGGUCAUGGAUAGCACCUACUGAAGAUAAUCAGAAUGUAUUUAGGCCUUGUGGAGAUCCUCAAAUGAUACGAUUUGGUGCACAUCUGGUCCUAGUGCUCAGAUAUUUACUUGCUGAGGAAAUGAAGGACAACUUCAAGGACAAGAUUAUGAGUGUUGGUGAUAAUAUUUUGCACUUGUAUGCCCUAUUUCUCUUUUCAAAGGAGCAUGAGGAAUUGGUGGGCAUAUAUGCUUCUCAGCUUGCAUGUCACCGUUGCAUUGAUCUCUUUGUGCACAUGAUGGAGCUUAGGCUAGACAACAGUGUACAUGUAAAAUACAAGAUAUUCCUUUCUGCUAUGGAAUAUUUACCAUUUUCUUCUCUGGAUGAUUCCAAGGGUAAUUUUGAAGACAUUAUUGAGAGAAUUUUGUUGAGAUCCCGAGAGAUUAAGGUGGGCAAAUACGAUAACCUGUCAGAUGUUGCAGAACAGCACAGACUACAGAGUCUUCAAAAAGCUAAAGUCAUCCAGUGGCUUUGCUUUACACCACCAUCAACAAUUACUAAUGUCAAAGAUGUCAGUAAAAGGCUUCUUCUUCGAGCACUGGUUCAUAGCAACAUACUCUUCAGGGAGUUUGCUUUGAUUUCUAUGUGGAGAGUACCAGCAAUGCCUGUAGGUGCCCACACAGUACUUGGUUUUCUUGCCGAACCCUUAAAACAGCUUGCCGAAACUCUUGAGACCUCGGAGGAUUAUAAUGUUUAUGAGGAUCUGAGGGAGUUCCAAGAUUGGCGUGAGUAUUACUCCUGUGAUGCAACCUACCGCAAUUGGUUAAAAAUUGAAGUGGAGAGUGCAGAGGUUCCUGUCACUGAAUUGUCACUAGAGGAAAAGGAAAGGUCCAUUUCAGCUGCCAAGGAAACACUUAAUGCAUCCCUUUCACUUCUACAAAGAAAAGAAACACCUUGGUUGGUUUCGACAGAUCAUAUGUAUGAAUCAGCUGAACCUGUUUUCCUUGAACUUCAUGCAACAGCAAUGCUCUGCCUGCCAUCUGGAGAGUGUUUGUGUCCAGAUGCUACUGUUUGUACUACACUGACGAGUGCUCUAUACUCUUCAGCUGGUGAUGAGGUUGUCUUAAAUAGACAACUAAUGGUGAAUGUUUCCAUAUCUUCAAGGGACAGUCAUUGCAUUGAUGUUGUUCUUCGUUGCUUAGCAAUUGCUGGUGAUGGACUUGAACCGCAUGAGCUCAAUGAUGGUGGUAUUCUUGGCACCAUCCUGGCUUCUGGUUUUAAAGGUGAGCUUCCUCGGUUUCAAGCUGGAGUUACGAUGGAAAUAUCCCGUUUGGAUGCUUGGUAUUCUGACAAUGAUGGCACCUUGGAGUGCCCGGCAACAUACAUCGUGAAAGGACUUUGUCGUAGGUGCUGCCUUCCGGAAGUUAUUCUUCGUUGCAUGCAAGUCUCUGUUUCUCUAAUGGGAUCGGGAGUCCUGCCUGAUUGUCAUGAUACUUUGGUAGAGCUGGUUGGCAGUGUUGAAACUGACAUUCUUCACUUGUUUAGUCAACAGCAAUUACAGGAGUUUUUAUUGCUCGAGAGGGAAUACUCAAUCUGCAAAAUGGAGAUUACUAAAGAGUGA